CAGAAUAUAUAUAGUUAAAUCGGUACUUCGUUUACGCUUAAUCCACACAUUUUAUUAGUUCAUUUCUUGUUUGACCAUCCGGUACAGUUGUGUUUUCCUUAAAUGUUUGUGAAUUUUCGCAAAGUUUGGUAUUGUUUUUAAAUUAAAUAUAAAAAAAAUUGUCAAUAUUCGCCAUGCCAAUCAAGAAAAACGUCACUUAUGAGGUUAAAACUGAGUAUUAUGAGGACUCUGCAUCUCCAGAGGCCUCUCAGGAAUCCGAUUCCGGCGGCGAGGAAGAGGAGGAGGAUGAAGAACUGGCGGAGUCCAAUUCCGAAGAAUCGGAUUCUGUCGACAAUCCUUCCGAUUCCGAAGCAGCUCGUCUUCCUUAUCCUACUCCGCCGCCUGAUGAGGGUUCAAAAAUGCCGGAAUCAGACGGCAAGGAAAAAGCCAAACAGAAAAAUAAAGGCUCUGCCCUUGCAUUGGCCACAAUGGCCAUCGAGAAGCUGGCCAGUCGCUCCGGUUCCUCCGUAAAAGCGAUCAUCACAUACCUCAAGUCGGAGGGCUACAAGUGGGACGAAGAGAAGCGGUUCAGCCGUCUUCUGACCCGCGCCCUCAAAAGGGGUGUGGCAAGUGGGCAACUCGAGCAGGUGAAAAUGUCCUUCAAACUUUCCGAGCAGGCCAAGAAGAGCUCCAAGGCAGUGGAGAAAAUGAAGGCUAAGAAGCAGAAGGCGAAGGAGAAGGCCGCGGCUAAGGAAAAGGAUAUGAAGGCCAAGGCUAAGGAAAAGGAAAAGGUGAAAGAGGAGAAGAAAAAGGCCAAAGAGGCGGAAAAAGAGAAGGCAAAGGCCACCAAAGCCAAGGAGAAGCCACAAAGCAAACAAACGGAGCGGAAAACAAAACAACCCUCCAAGAAAGCAAUGCUUCAAGAGGGAGCCAACACAGCACCACCAAAGGCAAAGGAUGCCGCCCUGAAAGCAAUACAGGCUGUCCUAGAAACUCCCAAGUCGGCGCCACCUGCCGCCAGAAAGAAGACUGCCAAGUCUAAGGACGAAGUAUCCAGCGCUGGGAAAUCCAGAAAGCCUCGAAAGUCCAUUGGAUCCCUAGCACAGGCCAAGACUUCGAAGCCAACUGUAAAGGCGGUCAAGAAGCUCGUAUCCGCCAAAGCUCCACUGGAGGCUGAUGAGUCCCAUGCCAAUAUAACAGAUGCUCAGGCCACGUCCACUCCGCAAGCUGCUCCCGCCAAGGGAAAGCGCAUGCGUAAAGUUCGAUGAAAUCUUUGAAGUUCUAAUUUAUUUGUUUUUAUUAUUGUUUCACGUGUUCAAAUUCGAUUGUAAUGUUAAAAUAUAUUUUAUUCUGUCUUAAA